GCCGGCAGCAAGGGCAUCCCACUGCACCGGGCUCCAUUAUCGCCUGCGCGAUGGCGUCUGUGAUUCGGGGCACUGUUGCCUAUUGCGUGACUUCGGCGGGAUUCGUUAUAAUGGGCAAGACUUCCCACGGUGACUCUUUCGCAGACCUUUUCCCGCUUCUUCGCCGUCACGAUUGGAGAUCGAGACCACCAGUAUAGAGUGCUUCCUCGCGUCCCGGCUUUGCUCCAGCUGGCUGGUAGACAACGAAUCAUAUCCGCAGGCCGAGGAACCGCCAACUCAGCCUCCACAAUGGCCAGCUCAUCACCAUUGUGGAAUCGCAGCAGGGUCGCUCUGCUGCCGCUGCUGCUGCCAUUGUUGUCCCCAUUUGCAACCGCGCAGUUCCCGCCGCCGCGCGAGGGGAUUACCCUACUCAGAUCCAAAUUCCACGAGAAUGUGACCAUCUCGUUCAAAGAGCCGCAAAUCUGCGAGACAACGCCUGGCGUCAAGUCGUACUCAGGCUACGUCCAUCUCCCGCCAAGAACGCUCGAUGACGGCGCGGGCGGCGAGACGCAGGACUAUCCCAUCAACACCUUCUUCUGGUUCUUCGAGGCUCGCAAGGACCCUUCCAACGCGCCACUCUCGAUAUGGCUCAACGGCGGCCCCGGCGGGUCGUCCAUGAUGGGCCUCCUUGAGGAGCUGGGCCCAUGCUUCGUUGGCCCAGACUCCAAGACCACCGUGCACAACCCGUGGGCGUGGAACAACGAGGUCAACAUGCUGUUCCUGGACCAGCCCGUGCAGGUUGGCUUCUCGUACGAUGUGCCGACCAACUUCUCGUUCCGUUACCCGACUGCCGACGAGGACGAGAGCUGGGACGAUGCGGCCCCAAUCUACACGGAGCUUCCCAAGGACUUGCCCGACUCGGAGCUGCCUGAGCAUGAUCUGAACCGUGCGAAGGGACUGGGGACGUUCAGCAGCCAGAACGCGGCGCACACGGCCAAUUCGACGACGCAUGCUGCCCACGCGCUGUGGCACUUUGUGCAGACGUGGUUCUUCGAGUUCCCGCAUUACAAGCCGACAGACAACGGGAUCAGCUUGUGGGCUGAGAGUUACGGCGGCCACUAUGGUCCCGGGUUCAUGAGCUUCUUCCAGAAGCAGAACGACAAGAUCAAGAGCGGCAAGGGCACCGAAAAGGACGCGCACUACCUGCGCCUCGACACACUGGGCAUAGUGAACGGAGCGAUCGACACGGUGCGCCAGGUCGAGAGCUACAUCAGCUUCCCGCACAGAAACACUUACGGCAUCCAGCUCUUCAAUGAGACCCUCUACGAGGCACUGAUGGCAGACUGGGUCGCGCCAGGCGGGUGCAAGGAGAAGGUUGCGGCGUGCUCUGACGCCCUGCGGGAUAGCGACCCAAUCAUGGCGUCUCUGGGGAUCGUGACGGAGGCUGCUGCCAGCGUGGCUGCCAAGAAGAACAUCAGCGAGAUUUGCGACGCCGAGGCCAUGCUGUGCGCGAUCAAGCCCUGGAUGACAUACAAGGCCGGUCUGCCCGCGGACCAGUCUCGAGGCUGGUAUGAUAUUGCGCAUCCCCAUUUCGACCCGUUCCCAGCUCCCACCAUGCAAGGGUAUCUGAAGGAGGAAUCGGUGCUGCGAGCACUGGGCGUGCCUGUCAACUUCACCUCGGGGUCUGCUACCGUGGCGCACGAUUUUGAAAGCACAAGUGAUCUUAUUCACGGCGGCUUCCUGGAAGGUAUCGCAUACCUGCUCGACUCCGGUGUAAAGGUCCACAUGAUGUACGGCGAUCGCGACUACGCGUGCAAUUGGGUCGGCGGAGAGAUGGCCUCCCUGGCCGUGCCGUACACGCGGCAAAAGGACUUUGUCGAGGCGGGAUACACAAGGUUCUAUGUCGACGACGUGCUUGACGAGCCGGGCCACGGGUGGGCGGGGAUGACGCGGCAGGUGGGCAACUUCAGCUUCACGCGGGUCUUCCAGGCCGGCCACGAGGUGCCGAGCUAUCAGCCGGCGGCGGCGCACGAGAUCUUUCGGCGGGCCAUCUUUGGGCUUGACAUUGCCUCGGGGCAGAGCAAGACGACGGACGAGUACAAGACGGAGGGGCCUAAGGACACGUGGGACGUGGUGAACCUGCCGCCGCCGUGGCCGAAGCAGAGGUGCUAUGUGCUCAAGCCAGAGUCGUGCAACCCUGACAUCUGGACCAAGGUGCUGCGUGGCGAGGCGACUAUCGAGAACUACUAUGUCGUGGAUGACUUUGAUGAUGAAGAGAUGGGAGAACUCUGAAGGGGCCGGAGAGGUCUGGUGGGACGUGCCAGUCUGCCAGAUGGUCUUUCACUGUUGCCUCCCCGCCUGGAAACUGUUAGUAUCACAGCAAACCCCGAAAGUAUUGCAACAUGUAAACACCCGAGUUUCAUCGCAA